AUGGAAGAGUUUCUUGAGGACUCCGGCUUGGAGCUCACCCGCAAGUUUCCAGAGCUAGAAGGCCCUGCCAUGGAGAAUUCAAGCUUGGAGUUGAUGUUCUAUCCUCAACAGAACUGCUUAUCUCAUCAGCCGGAGUUCUCGAUGCCAUCAGUUGAUAACCUGCUCUCUAGUAUGGUGACUCCUGUAUCCCAUGCCAUGGUCUCUGGUGGACAGCAGAGUCAUGGAGACCAGAAAAUGAAGGUGACUGCAGAACCUGUUUUUGUCUUAUCAUUAGAUUGUUCUAACUCGGGUGAGAAGUCUUCUGUGCUGAAUAUUUUAUUGCAGAGCUGCGGGAUCAAGAAGAGAGGAAGGAGUUUGCAGAGAGCGAGCGAGCCGAAAGAGGUGGUUCAUGUGAGGGCAAGAAGAGGUGAAGCUACUGACAGCCACAGCCUAGCUGAGAGGAUGAGAAGAGAGAAGAUCAAUAGAAAAAUGCGAUUUUUAAGGGACCUUGUUCCUGGUUGCUGCAAGGCGAUGGGUAUGGCAGGAAUGCUCGACGAGAUAAUUAACUACGUGCGGUCACUGCAGAACCAGGUUGAGCUUCUCUCCAUGGAAAUCGCAGCAGCUGCUAGUUUUUACGACAACAGCUGGGUUGAAACGCCACAGGUGCAUAACGCAUCCCUGGAAGAGGAAGGAGGUGUGACAGAACGAGGUGAUCGCACCGGCGUCCUCUCUGCAGUUGUCUUCUACCAAGUCUCCAUGCAUGGCACACCUGAAGCGCAUGUGUAG